GUUUUUGCACUGCAAGUCCAAAAAGUUUACAGACUUUGAUGAAGUCCGACAGGAGAUCGAAGCGGAGACCGACAGGGUCACGGGGACCAACAAAGGCAUCUCCCCGGUGCCCAUCAACCUGCGGGUCUACUCGCCACAUGUGUUGAACCUGACCCUCAUUGACCUCCCGGGCAUCACCAAGGUGCCUGUGGGGGACCAGCCCCCAGACAUCGAGUACCAGAUCAAGGACAUGAUCCUGCAGUUCAUCAGCCGGGAGAGCAGCCUCAUCCUCGCCGUCACCCCCGCCAACAUGGACCUGGCCAACUCGGACGCCCUCAAGCUGGCCAAGGAGGUCGACCCCCAAGGCCUGCGGACCAUCGGCGUCAUCACCAAGCUGGACCUGAUGGAUGAGGGCACCGAUGCCAGGGACAUCCUGGAAAACAAGCUGCUCCCCUUGAGGAGAGGCUACAUUGGCGUGGUGAACCGCAGCCAGAAGGACAUUGAGGGCAAGAAGGACAUCCGUGCGGCGCUGGCGGCCGAGAGGAAGUUCUUCCUCUCCCACCCGGCCUACCGGCACAUGGCUGACCGCAUGGGCACCCCACACCUGCAGAAGACCCUGAAUCAGCAACUGACCAACCACAUCCGGGAGUCGCUGCCGACACUGCGGAGCAAGCUGCAGAGCCAGCUGCUGUCCCUGGAGAAGGAGGUGGACGAGUACAAGAACUUCCGGCCCGACGACCCCACGCGCAAAACCAAAGCCCUGCUGCAGAUGGUCCAGCAGUUCGGGGUGGACUUUGAAAAGAGGAUCGAGGGCUCCGGAGACCAAGUGGACACGCUAGAGCUCUCCGGGGGCGCCCGAAUCAAUCGCAUCUUCCACGAGCGCUUUCCCUUCGAGCUGGUGAAGAUGGAGUUCGACGAGAAGGACUUAAGACGGGAGAUCAGCUACGCCAUUAAGAACAUCCAUGGAGUCAGGACGGGGCUUUUCACUCCCGACAUGGCCUUUGAAGCCAUUGUGAAAAAACAGAUCGUAAAACUGAAAGAGCCGAGUUUGAAGUGUGUUGACCUCGUGGUCUCAGAACUGGCCACAGUCAUUAAAAAGUGUGCCGAGAAGCUCAGCUCCUACCCUCGGCUGCGAGAGGAGACGGAGCGAAUUGUCACCACUUACAUCCGGGAACGGGAGGGGCGAACCAAGGACCAGAUCCUUCUCCUGAUCGACAUCGAGCAGUCCUAUAUCAACACGAACCACGAGGACUUCAUUGGAUUUGCAAACGCCCAGCAGAGGAACACGCAGCUGAACAAGAAGAGAGCCAUCCCCAAUCAGGUGAUCCGCAGGGGCUGGCUGACCAUCAACAACAUCAGCCUGAUGAAGGGCGGCUCCAAGGAGUACUGGUUCGUGCUGACGGCCGAGUCCCUGUCCUGGUACAAGGACGAGGAGGAGAAAGAGAAGAAGUACAUGCUGCCCCUGGACAACCUCAAGAUCCGCGACGUGGAGAAGGGCUUCAUGUCCAACAAGCACGUCUUCGCCAUCUUCAACACGGAGCAGAGGAACGUCUACAAGGACCUGCGGCAGAUUGAGCUGGCCUGCGACUCCCAGGAGGACGUGGACAGCUGGAAGGCCUCGUUCCUCCGAGCCGGGGUCUACCCCGAGAAGGACCAGGCUGAAAAUGAGGACGGAGCCCAGGAGAACACCUUCUCCAUGGACCCACAGCUGGAGCGGCAGGUGGAGACCAUCCGCAACCUGGUGGACUCGUAUGUGGCCAUCAUCAACAAGUCCAUCCGCGACCUCAUGCCAAAGACCAUCAUGCACCUCAUGAUCAACAACACGAAGGCCUUCAUCCACCACGAGCUGCUGGCCUACCUGUACUCGUCGUCAGACCAGAGCAGCCUCAUGGAAGAGUCGGCCGACCAGGCUCAGCGGCGGGAUGACAUGCUGCGCAUGUACCACGCGCUCAAGGAGGCACUCAGCAUCAUCGGGGACAUUAGCACCAGCACCGUGUCCACGCCCGUGCCCCCACCCGUCGACGACACCUGGAUCCAGAGCACCAGCGGCCACAGCCCCACUCCACAGCGCAGACCCGUGUCCAGCGUGCACCCCCCGGGCCGGCCCCCAGCAGUGAGGGGCCCCACCCCGGGGCCCCCCCUGAUUCCUGUGCCCGUGGGCGCAGCAGCCUCCUUCUCAGCACCCCCCAUCCCGUCCCGGCCCGGCCCCCAGAGCGUGUUUGCCAACAACGACCCUUUCUCGGCCCCGCCUCAGAUCCCGUCUCGGCCAGCUCGGAUUCCCCCUGGCAUCCCCCCGGGAGUGCCCAGAAGACCCCCUGCUGCGCCCAGCCGGCCCACCAUUAUCCGCCCGGCCGAGCCGUCCCUGCUUGACUAGGCUGCGGGGGGCAUGUUCUCGGGGGG